UUUGUUUCAGGAUUCCAAAAUGGCAGCUGGAUACAAAAGAGAUGAUUUGAACCUGGUUACCACUGAAGACCUUAUAACAUUAUCUGUUGGUGAUGAUGUCACACUUUCCUGUCACCUCUCUCCUAAAGUCAAUGCUGUAUACAUGGAGAUCAGGUGGUUUAAGGGGACAGACUGUAUCUACCUGUAUGAGAAUGGGCGAGUGAUCGAGGGAAGUGGCUAUGAGGGCAGAGUGAGUGUGAACACCUUGGAGCUGAAGAAAGGAGACGUGUCUCUGAGAUUGAAAGAGGCAAAAGAGAGAGAUAUUGGGGUAUAUACUUGUGAGGUCAUCAGUGAAGAAAACAAAGCAGCCAGAAAAGUUCGGUGGUUCUGCCCAAAACUGGAGGAGACGGAGAAAGGUUCUCUGAUGGCAAGUGGCUCUUGGUAA